GAGAGAGAGAGAGAGAGAGAGAGAGAGAGAGAGCGGGGAGGGGGGGAUGACUGAUAUAAGAAACUCUCAGUGGAGAAGUUGCAUCCAGAUUCAUCCAGAUGAGACAUCCCACAUCUCAGCACUCCAUGACCGCAAUAUGAAAGUAUUAAUCAUUGCAGUCGUUCUUCUGCUCGGGUUACAUAACGGAGAUGCAAUUCCAUCGAACCGUGGGUCCUGCUUCAAAAAGCUGGUGAAGGAUAGAAACUGCCAUGACACUGGACUGCAGAGAAUAAGACCCAUCGACUCGCUACAAAAUCAUUACUGGGAGGGUGAUGAGUGUGAUGUAGUGUGUUAUUGUAACCUCUUCGAGCUCCUCUGCUGCCCCAGGUCUGUUUUCUUCGGGUCGAAAAUCUCCUUUGUGAUCCCAUGCAAAACGUCUGAUAUGCGACUUUGAGUGAACUGAAUGGUUGCGACGACGACUGAAAUCUCUUCAAAACCAAAUGGCAAACAGCGGAAUAACAUUCUGUGCUAAUUCUGCUAUACAACAUGCAAUAACAAGUUAUAUGUACCAAUUAAAUAUAAAUCUGUCCAUGGCAGGUUGACCCAUUCUGGAGGUAUACUCUUCAUUUACUAACCAUAAUCUAACUCAUAUGACCAAUCUGUUCCCUGUUCCAAUCAAU